AGAGGACCAUUUUCUCUUUCUUUUAUUUGUAGAUUGAUCGACGGAGAAGAUAGACGUCGCAAGUAAAAUGGCAGUUAAUCGAGAACUUCUUCUACUGGUUUUUAUCAUGACUGUGUUUGUCGCAGUCUUUAGUCAACCGUUUGAAAACAAGCUAAAAGAGAAAGCACGACAGCGUAGAAGUGUCUUACAGUACAAGACCAUGCUGGAAUGUGCCACUAAGAGAAGUGGAUGGCUGUAUGAGGGAUAUGGGUGUUGGUGUGCCUUUCAUGGCAAGGGAAAACCAGUAGAUGAUACUGACAGAUGUUGCAAAGCUCACGAUGAAUGCUACUCGAAGAUCAAGGAGAGUAAGCUGUGUGAAUGGCCACACGACUACUCGGUGUAUUACCUUGAAUAUAAGAAACCCAAGCAAUGUAUGGAGUGUUCUCCUGCAGAUGAAUAUGCAAGCGAAGAGGAAGCGAACUGUAAGGUUGAGCUGUGUAAAUGUGAUGUCCAAGCGGUCAAAUGUCUACAAAAAGCCUCGUUCAACAGGAAAUUCGUUCAGUAUGACAGAUCAAAGUGUUAGAAAACCGAGAAAAUAACAAGGACUUGAAUAUUAUAAUCUAGAAUAGAUCCUUUGCUGUUAAACUGAUCACUCGUACACGCUUCUCGUCAUUUAAGAGCAAAAUCAUUUCCAAAUUGAAAGUCAAUUGUAAUGUAAGGAAUGCGCAAUUUGAUCAAUACCAACAUUUUAUGUCUCAUGGAUUUUUAAUGUGUGAAUAGGUUGACUUAUAAACGAGGCUACCCUUUUGCAAAUGAGUCUGUGGUAUUCAAAAACAACUGGUGUAUUGUGCUUACUCUUGUCACAGCUUUGAUUUCAAACUAUGCUCAAAUCAAAGACACAUACAGACAUGGAGUCGCUAAUAUGUUAAAGUAUAUGGAUGAUAAAUGAAAUCGAAAUAAAACAAAAAGACACAGACAUGGAGUCGCUAAUAUGUCAAAGUAUAUGGAUGAUAAAUGAAAUCGAAAUAAAGUAAAAAGACACAGACAUGGAGUCACUUAUAGGUGCAGGUAUAAGGAUGAUAAAUGAAAUCGAAAUAAAAUAAAAUUCUUCAUGGAA